UACUACGCCUGCGCCGAACCCUCUCCCCCGCCGCGCAGCAUUGGGUUUAGUUCACCGGAAGCCAGAUUUCUGCUUCCGGGUCGGAGCCAUGGCGGUGGCAAAUUCAAGCCCUGUCAAUCCCGUAGUGUUCUUUGAUGUCAGCAUUGGCGGCCAGGAAGUUGGCCGCAUGAAGAUCGAGCUGUUUGCAGACGUUGUACCCAAGACAGCCGAGAACUUUAGGCAGUUCUGCACUGGAGAAUUCAGAAAAGAUGGGGUGCCAAUAGGAUACAAAGGGAGCACCUUUCACAGGGUUAUAAAAGAUUUCAUGAUUCAAGGUGGAGAUUUCGUUAAUGGAGAUGGUACCGGAGUUGCCAGUAUUUACCGGGGGCCAUUUGCAGAUGAAAAUUUUAAACUUAGACACUCGGCUCCAGGCCUUCUUUCCAUGGCAAACAGUGGUCCCAGUACAAAUGGCUGUCAGUUCUUUAUCACCUGCUCUAAGUGUGACUGGCUGGAUGGGAAGCAUGUAGUGUUUGGAAAAAUCAUUGAUGGACUUCUUGUGAUGAGAAAGAUUGAGAAUGUUCCCACAGGCCCCAACAAUAAACCGAAACUGCCUGUGGUAAUUUCACAGUGUGGGGAGAUGUAGUCCAGACCAAGACUGAGUCAGAUUUGCAGAAAAGUUGGGAAAACAGUACAUUGAACACUAGAUUCACCAUUGAUUAAUGUUUUUGUUUUAUUGUUUUGCCUUGACAUUUGUUUUUGCUUUCCCUUCUUCUCUCCACUCCCAUUUCCACUCCCUCUCCUCCUUUUUCUUAUUCAUUUUCCCCUCCUUUUUCUUCCCUUCCUCCUUCUUUCUUUCCCUCCUUUCCAUUUUUUCCCAUUUUAAUAUUGCAGACUUCUUAAGCGUACAUAACCAGAAUAAUAUUAUCUAAUAUAUAGUACAUGUUCAGACUUCCCCCGAAGUAACUUUUAGAGCUUUAAAACAAAAAGAUCCUGGCCAAGUGUGGUGUCUUGUGCCAGCUAAUUCAGGAGGCUGAGGCAGGAGGAUCACAUGAACCCAGGAGUUCAAGACCAUCCUCAGCAACACAGCAAAACCCCAUCUCAAAAAAGAAAAAGAAAAUUUAAAAGUUCAGUCAAGAUUCCUAUCAUAUUUCAUUUGGUUCUUUAUUUUUUAAUUACACAAGUAACAAUAUGAUCUCUUUUGAAAAUUUUCACACCAAAGAGAUGAAAUAAAAGCCCCCUGAAAUCCACAUUCCCUCUCACAAGUCAUUUCCUUAUCAGUUUGAGAAUUUUUUUUUCCUUUUUGUGGUGCUGAGGAUUGAACCCAGGGCCUCAAUGCAUGCUACAAAAGUACUCUACUACUGAACUACAUCCCAGCCUCUUGGUUUGAUAUAUGUUCAUUGGGACAUCUAAUUUUGGAAGGAUUUGUUUUUCCUAAUUUGUACUAGAUUGUUCUUUUUUUUCUUUCUAUUUGGCAUUAUGUCUUUUUGGGGUGAUUGGAUACCAGGGAUUAAACUCUGGGGCCCUCAUCCACUGAGCCACAUCCCUAGCCCUAUUUUGUAUUUUACUUAGAGACAGUCUCACUGAGUUGCUUAGGACCUCUCUAAGUUGCUGAGGCUUCUUUGGAUUCGUGAUCCUCCUGCCUCAGCCUCCCAAGUGUCUAGGAUUCCAGGCUUGCACCAUCGCACCCAGCUUGGCAUUAUGUCUUGAUAAUUUGUCCUUCUUGGUUCAUAUGAAACUAUCUUAUUUAAAACAGAACUAUAAUAAAUACUCUUAUCAGA